CACUUCGCAAAAUAACAAGCCCUUCUAUUCCGUUUUGAGAACUUUUUUGAGGGGGAAAGCCUUUUAAAAAUAAGCAUCUGUAACAAAGUUGGACCAGGAGUUUGUCAAGAGAGAGUGGCUCAAAACUGCUUGGAAGAAAGGGAUGAGAGCGUGUGGAAGUGGUAGCACCAAUUGUCAUAAAUGAAUAAUAGAAAAGAAGACAUGGAGAUUGCCUCCCACUACCGUCAUCUUCUUCAAGAGCUCAAUGAGCAGAGGCAGCACGGCAUCCUCUGUGAUGUUUGCAUUAUAGUGGAGGGAAAGAUUUUCAAGGCUCAUAAAAACAUCCUCCUCGGGAGCAGCCGCUACUUCAAGACCCUGUACUGCCAGGUACAGAAGACUUCUGACCAAGCCACAGUCACUCAUUUAGAUAUCGUGACAGCGCAGGGUUUUAAAGCAAUCAUUGACUUUAUGUACUCGGCACACCUUGCAUUGACUAGCAGGAAUGUAAUUGAGGUGAUGUCAGCUGCUAGCUAUCUCCAGAUGACUGAUAUUGUUCAAGCUUGUCACAACUUCAUAAAGGCUGCUCUCGAUAUUAGCAUCAAGUCUGAUGCGUCGGAUGAUCUUAUAGACUAUGAACUUGGGGCUGCUUCCGGUAGUAGCACUGACGCUUUGAUUUCGGCAGUGGUAGCUGGCAGGAGCAUAUCUCCCUGGCUAGCUCGGCGGACAAGUCCGGCCAACUCCUCUGGUGAUUCAGCCAUUGCUAGCUGCCAUGAAGGAGGAAGUGCGUAUGGGAAAGAGGAUCAAGAACCAAAAACAGAUAAUCAUGAUGACAUUUCAUCCCACUCCCUUUGGCCCAGUGAUAUGAGCUACAGCUCCUUGCGUAUCAAGGAAGAACAGAUCUCUCCAUCUCAUUAUGGAGGGAAUGAGCCUGCUAAAGACGCGAUACAGAAUUCGUUCUCGGAACAAGGUGCAGCAGAUGGAUGGCAGCCUACAGGGCGCAGAAAGAACAGGAAAAAUAAGGAUACUGUGCGGCAUAUUACACCGCAACUGGGAACUGAUGACAGGACAAGCUCUCCAGUGCCAUCUUUCCUUUCUGCCUCAGGCUGGCCAUUCAGUAGUCGAGAAGCAAGUGUGGAUCUGAUGGUGACAGAGCCCAGCAGUUCUGACGGCAGAAUAGAGAGAGUGGACCUUUAUGCUAAUGUCGAUGAAGCAGCACUCCUAGGAGGGGAAGCGCUCUCUCUCUCUCAGCCCCUUACCCCAGAGAAAGAGGAUGCACUUCAGGCCGUGGCGGUUGCUAACUUGCGGGCAGCUCUGAUGAGCAAGAACAGCUUGUUGUCCCUGAAAGCUGACAUGCUGGGAGAGGAGAGCUCUCUGCUCUUUGAAUACUUACCCAAAGGCACUCAUUCAUUAUCUUUGAACGAAUUCACGGUGAUCAGAAAGAAGUUCAAGUGCCCCUACUGCAGUUUCUCCGCCAUGCACCAGUGCAUUCUGAAGAGGCACAUGCGGUCCCACACUGGAGAAAGGCCUUACCCUUGUGAAAUUUGUGGAAAGAAGUUCACCCGGCGAGAGCACAUGAAACGGCACACUUUGGUUCACAGCAAAGACAAAAAAUACGUGUGUAAAGUGUGCAACCGCGUGUUCAUGUCCGCGGCCAGCGUGGGGAUUAAGCACGGCUCCCGCCGCCACGGCAUCUGCACAGAUUGUUCCGGCCAAGCCAUGGCUUGCCACCUGGAUACGAAUGGAGGAGACGGCUCGCCGGACGAGUUGUACGGCACGGAAGGCCCAUACAUGGAAGACCCCGAUGGGCUCAAGGGAGAAGGAGAGGAAGAUAUGGGGGACGAUGACGACCUCAAGUGGAAAGACGAUAUUGAAAUAUCUCAAGAUGACUUGAUCUUGGAUGAUGAUAAAGACGGCAUCGUUGACUCCCCGCCGGAACACGAGAACUCGGGGGGGAAUGACAAGGAUUUCACUUGGAUUUCUUAGGGAUAUUUGUUUCUCUUUGCUCAUUUUGGAUGGGGCAGGGCCAAGAAGGUUCUGUUGGAAGAUCUCAAGCCACCUGGCUGCUGGUCCCAGGGAGCAAAAAUGUCUUGUGCGUGGAGGUUUUUUUUUUUUUUUUAAAGCAAACAAAUUCUUUAUCUCUUCCAGCCAGCAACUGUGACGGUAAACAUUUCCCCCAUUGGUACCACUUUUCCCUGCCCUUUGCCCUUCCUGUGGUCCUGAAAAAAAUUUGCCUUUGUUUUUCUACGGGAGCCAGAUUGCAGAUAGACAGCACAGAGCUUCCUCCCUCAAACGUUUCUCGGCUUGAAAAGCUGGGACCUCUUGCUUCUCAAAGAAUGAUGAAUCGCGGGAGCAGAUCGGGACACUAAAGCAGCCCUGCUGCUCAGACAGGGCUGCAGUGACUAGUGGUGAGUGGCAGAAGCUCCCCAGUGACCCCUGUUGUCAUAGGACAUACAACAAAAGAGGAAGCCCACCACAACCUACGAAUUAGUCACAAAAUCGUAUCGUUCGUAAUCAUUCCCGUUUGUAUUGUUUCAGCCAAGGUGCAAGAUACUCAGUUUAAACAAACACAAUGGUGAACAAUCAACAGGUGCAAACCUCCAUAUAAUGCAAUAAAGUGUCUCAGUGUAAAGUGCAGAGUGUCAAUGAAUAUAUAAACCAAGGUCAAAUCCACAUACAAAAUACCCAGGUAUUAAUUACAAUCCAUACAAAAUAUGCCUUAGAAUAAAUAACAUUCAUAUAAUCUAAUGAAUGAGGUUUGCACCCUUUGAUUGUUUACCAUUGUGAGGUUUGCACCCGUUGAUUAUGAACCAUAUAAUAAUAAUAAUAACAACAACAACAACAUUCGAUUUAUGUACCACCCUUCAGGACAACUUAAUGUCUACUCAGAGCGGUUUACAAAGUAUGUUAUUAUUAUCCCCACAACAAAACACCCUGUGAGGUGGGUGGGGCUGAGAGAGCUCUGAGAGAGCUGUGACUGACCCCAGGUCACCCAGCUGGCUUCAAGCGGAGGAGUGGGGAAUAAAACCCGGCUCUCCAGAUUAGAGUCCUGCACUCUUAACCACUGCACCAAACUGGCCCUCUCUAUAUGAUGUAUAUGUGAAGAGUUUAUUUAAACUGAAUAUCUUGAAUAUUGGUUGAAACGAUACAAACAGGAGUGAUUAUGAUGUGAUUUUGUGACUAAUUAGUAGGUUGGGGUGGGUUUCCUCUUUACCGUGACUCUCCUUUUUUGCUAUAGGACGUAACUACACAACAUGCCCAAUUCAUGCUGGGUCACGGGUGCUCAGCCAGACUCACAGACAGACGUAUAUUGGGGGACAGUUGCCUCAAAAAAUGCUGAGAGGAAGCACUGUGAUGGGGGAACAAGGAGCUUCCAGUUUUUCUUCCCACCUCACUUUUGCCGAUGAAAAGGGCGGCGGUGGUGGGUCCUUUGCCCUUUUCCUCUGGAUCCACGCGUCCUUCGUAGGGCUGCAUGAACGAGCACUUUGUUAAGCUGAGCUUGCCCAGUAUGUGUCUGACUGUGAAUCCAGUCGUGCACCCAUGAACAAACAGUGGUCGGGCGUAUCUUGUAGUUGUUGGGACCCAAGUGAGCCAAGAAACCAACCCCUGCAGGGCUGCCAGCAACCCAGGAGUCAUUCGAUUCGGCCGGCUGCCCGGGGCCCUGCAAAUCAACGGCUUGCUGGGAACUUUUUCGGUCAGUUCAAGGGCCAGUCCCCCCCCCCUUCCCCUUAUUAAAAUGCUUUCAUUUGACUCUCAGUUGCAAGGACCUUGGUAAGGAUAGUAAAUAAAGCUGUGGGGGUGUUUGAGAACUUCCCUUUUGUAAUGCAACUUUUUCAGCAAGGCAGUUUAAAUCAAAUGGCUUUAUCAGGGCUGCAGCCUCCAGAAGAACAAGGAAUUUCUCUGCCCAGAAGUUCAUUGAUCAAAGGAGGGGCGGGGGGGCUCGGUGACCAUAUAUUCUCAGCUUCUUUUUUGCUGGUUAAAGAUGCAAACAUAGCUAAGUGCAAAAGUGCCCCCUUGUGGCGAAAUCAUGCAAUGCACUGACCUCUCUCCCUGCUUGCCUAUCCUCCUUUUUCUCUUAGUAAAAAGUUCAGUAGCACCUUUAAGACUAACCGACUUUAUUGUAGCAUAAGCUUUCGAGA